UAUUUGGCAUUUUAAUAUAGCACUAUGUGUCCGCUUAUAAUUAAUUAGCAACAGCGGUUGCGUGCUUGGAGCUAGUUCUCUUUAACGUAAAUAGUGAGGAGGCAACACGGAGACAAUUGUGCAGACAGAUUGAGAGAAAAAAAAAAAAAUGGAGGUCAUAUCAGAAGAACCCAUAGCUGCAGUCUCAUCAAUACUCGUAUAUCCAAUAAAAUCUUGUCGUGGAAUAUCAGCUCCUCAGUGUUUUCUUACUCCUACUGGAUUUCGAUGGGAUAGGCAAUGGUUAAUUGUGAACAGCAAAGGGAGGGCAUAUACCCAGAGAGUUGAACCAACACUUGCUCUCGUUGAGACUGAGUUACCAAAUGAAGCAUUUUUGGAGGGUUGGGAACCCAAUAAAAAUUCCUGUCUAGUGAUAAAAGCACCUGGCAUGGAUGAGCUGAAGAUUUCCCUGACCCCACCACAAGAAGUAGCUGAUGGUGUCUCUGUCUGGGAAUGGUUUGGGGCUGCAUUGGAUGAGGGAGCUGAGGCAUCAAAAUGGUUUUCGAAUUAUCUCGGAAAACCCAGUCGACUUGUUCGUUUUAAUACCGCUUCAGAAACAAGGCCUGUGGAUCCAGAAUAUGCAGCUGGGCACAAAGUCAUGUUUUCUGACCAGUUUCCAUUUAUGAUACUGUCUCAGGGGUCAAUGGAUGCACUGAAUACGCUUCUCAAAGAACCCAUACCAGUUAACCGCUUUAGACCGAACAUUGUUGUGGAUGGAUGUGAACCAUUUUCUGAGGAUUUAUGGAUGGAAUUCAGAAUUGACAAUUUUACUUUUGAAGGUGUCAAGCUAUGCUCUCGCUGCAAGGUUCCUUCCAUCAACCAGGAAACUGGCAUUGCAGGACCAGAGCCAAAUGAAACCCUUAUGAAAAUGCGGUCUGAUAAAGUUUUGCGCCCUGAUAAAAAACAGCAAGGAAAAAUUUACUUUGGGCAGAACAUGGUUUGGAAAGGCAAUGUUGCCGAGGGGAAGGCAAAGGUAAUGAAAAUUGGCGAUCCUGUUUACGCCAUCAAGAAGUUCUCUACCGUGGCUGAAGCUGCAGCUUGAGUUUUGUAGAAGUAGAAUAUCAUGAUUCUGUUGGGGUUUAUGCGCUGUUUAACUAAUAAUAAAAAGCCUAGAAUCAAGCUACUUGUUUAGUAAAAGGACAUGGAGGAGUUUACUUUAAAUAAAGAGAGAAAUAGAAAUAAAAUCCAUUCUCUGAUGUAACCAAGAAUUAUCACUAUCUUAUGCAAUCCUAUUUUACGUUUCA